CUCAGCCUGUAUUUUAAUCAUCAGAGUUAUCCCCACCAGAUUUUGAUAAAUCCAUUAGUUCUGUUUUCCUUUUUGCGAUCAUUAGGUAAUUUAUUAUCAUCUUCUACUGCGCAGGUUUACUUUCUUAAUUUGAACAUGGCUUCAUUGAUUGCUCAACUUGUCUCACCUCCAAAUAAUGGCUACAAGAUAUGGGAAGAUCCUUCUUUUAUCAAGUGGAGGAAGAGAGAUUCUCAUGUUCCAUUGCACUGCCAUGAAUCUGUUGAAGGAUCACUGAAGUAUUGGUAUGAGCGGAACAAAGUUGAUCUUUUGGUAUCGAAAGAAGCUGUUUGGGAUGAUAAUGCGAUUGCCAAGGCGCUUGAUUGUGCUGCAUAUUGGGUUAAGGACUUGCCUUUUGUAAAGUCUUUGUCUGGACACUGGAAAUUCUUUCUGUCCUCCAGCCCCGAUAAAGUCCCGGCGCAAUUCCAUGACAGUUCAUUUCAAGAUUCUUCAUGGGCUACUAUACCCGUUCCCUCGAAUUGGCAGAUGCAUGGACUUGAUCGGCCAAUAUAUACAAAUAUUGUAUACCCAUUUCCACUUAAUCCACCUAAAGUUCCAGAAGAUAAUCCCACUGGCUGCUACAGAACUUUGUUUAACCUUCCAAAAGAAUGGGAAGAUCGAAGGAUAUUUUUACAUUUUGAAGCAGUUGAUUCUGCUUUCUUGGUAUGGGUCAAUGGACACCCCACUGGAUACAGUCAAGAUAGCCGACUGCCAGCUGAAUUUGAGAUCACAGAUUUUUGCCACCCAUGUGGAUCGGACAAGAGCAAUUGCCUGGCUGUUCAAGUAAUGAAAUGGUCUGAUGGUUCCUACCUGGAAGAUCAGGAUCAUUGGUGGUUGUCCGGCAUCCACCGUGAUGUUCUUCUUCUUGCUAAACCCAAGGUAUUUAUCACAGAUUACUUCUUCAAAUCAAGCUUGGCGGAAGAUUUUUCAAGUGCAGAUAUACAGGUUGAGGUGAAAAUUGACCUCUCCGCCAUGAACAUUGACAACUCUGUGGAAAGCGGGAGCUGGUUUAAAAUAGCUGUAGACAAGUUCUUAGCAAGCUUCACCAUUGAAGCUGAAAUUUUUGACACAGUGAGUCAGCAUACCAGCAAUGAGCAUGCCAAUCUUCUGUCCACAAGCGUGAUUCGUCUACAGCCUACGAAAUCUGUUGAUUAUUGUCUUGGAUUCAUUGGAUAUCAGCUUCAGGGUAAACUGCUGAUGCCCAAGCUGUGGUCUGCUGAGCGGCCAAAUCUCUACACACUUGUUGUCACCCUUAAAGACUCAUCCGGGACUACACUCGACUGCGAGUCUUGCCAGGUUGGUAUACGCCAAAUAACAAAAGCCCCUAAGCAACUGCUCGUAAAUGGACAGCCCGUGAUAAUAAGAGGGGUGAACAGGCACGAGCACCAUCCCCGUCUUGGUAAGACAAACUUGGAGUCCUGCAUGGUUCAGGACUUGGUUUUAAUGAAGCAACAUAAUAUCAAUGCUGUCAGGAACAGCCAUUACCCUCAGCACCAACGUUGGUACGAGUUAUGUGACCUGUUUGGCAUGUACAUGAUUGACGAAGCCAAUAUUGAGACGCACGGUUUUCAUCUUUGCUCAAACGUGAGGCAUCCCACAAGUGAGCCAGUUUGGGCUUCGGCUAUGCUGGAUCGGGUCAUUGGGAUGGUUGACAGGGACAAGAAUCACACGUGUGUUAUUUCUUGGUCUUUGGGGAAUGAGGCGAGUUAUGGGCCUAAUCAUGGUGCACUUGCAGGCUGGAUACGAGAAAAGGAUUCAACUAGGGUUAUACACUAUGAAGGCGGUGGAUCCAGAACAUCUUCAACAGAUAUUGUAUGCCCCAUGUAUAUGCGUGUUUGGGACAUAGUCAAGAUAGCUGAAGAUCCAGCUGAACUACGCCCCCUGAUACUAUGCGAGUACUCACAUUCAAUGGGGAACAGCAAUGGAAAUAUUCACAAGUAUUGGGAAGCGAUUGAUAACACAUUUGGUCUGCAGGGAGGUUUCAUUUGGGAUUGGGUUGAUCAGGAGGGAAAAGAUGGUACCAUGCAUUGGGCAUAUGGAGGUGAUUUUGGGGAUGCCCCUAAUGACCUUAACUUUUGCCUCAAUGGACUUGUAUGGCCUGACCGAAGUCCUCAUCCUGGUCUUCAUGAGGUGAAGUUUGUAUACCAACCAAUCAAAGUCUCUCUGAAAGAAGGAAAACUUAAGAUUACGAACACACACUUUUUUAGCUCAACUGAAGGAUUAGCUUUCCACUGGACUUUGCAUGCUGAUGGGUAUGAGCUGGGUUCCGCAGUCCUUAGCCUACCAUCUUUAGAGCCCCAGAAAAGUUACGACAUCAAAUGGGACGCUGGCCCAUGGCAUGAGCUGUUUUGUGCUUCAAAUGCAAUAGAAAUAUUUUUGACAAUCACUGUAAAACUUUUGGGUUCAACUCGGUGGGCUGAAGCUGGCCAUAUAGUUUCAUCCGCACAAGUCCAGCUGCCCUCCAAGCCUGAAAUCAUUCAUCGUAUCAAUGAAGCUGAGUGUGCAGCUUUUGCUACUGAGAUUGCCGAUGAUUUUAUUGAAGUGUCGGGUGUCCCAGUUAUGAGCAAAGGCAUACUGCCAUGCUUUUGGAGAGCCCCAACAGAUAACGACAAGGGAGGCGAGUCCCAAAGUUACCUCUCAAGAUGGAAUAAAGCAAAACUGAACAAUCUUGCUUUCACAACCGAGAGCUGCACGGUCCUGACAGCGUCGGACAAUCUAAUGAAACUACACGUCACCUAUAUAGGUGCGCCAGCUGGCGUGGAUAACAACAAUCCCCCUCUCUUGAGGGUAGAUUUUACCUACUCGAUUUACGGCUCUGGGGACGUAAUCCUGGAAUGUGCAGUAAAACCAGUUGAUCUGAAUUUACCACCUUUGCCCCGUGUGGGGAUUGAGUUCCAGCUGGAAAAAUCAAAGGACCAGAUUGAGUGGUAUGGGAGAGGAGCUUUUGAGUGCUAUCCUGACCGUAAAUCUGCUGCACAUGUUGGGGUGUAUGGGCAGGAUGUUGGGGGCUUGCAUGUGCCGUACAUUGUUCCGGGCGAGUGUUCGGGCCGGGCUGAUGUGAGGUGGGUUGCGUUUCGCGAUAAGGAUGGGUUUGGUAUUUUUGCUUCCAUAUACGGAGGGUCGCCACCUAUGCAGAUGAAUGCCAGUUUUUAUGGCACGGCCGAGCUUGAGCGGGCCACACAUGUUGAGGAGCUUGUCCGAGGCCAAAACAUCGAGGUGCAUCUUGAUCACAAGCACAUGGGUAUAGGCGGAGAUGAUAGCUGGUCUCCUUGUGUUCAUGACGAAUAUCUUGUGCCUGCUGUGCCUUACUCUUUCAGCAUCCGAUUAGCGCCACUAACUGCCUCCACCUCAGCUUCUUCAAUUUACGAAUCCCAGCUACAGAAAUAAUGUAGUACAAUCUGAUGAUGGAUGGAUUGCCAUUCUUAUCUGUUUUGGCUUUGUCGUGUGUUUUAUGGAUUCGCGUUUUUUUUUUCUUUUUUUUUGGUCAAAUAAUGUAUAUAAAAACUCAAGAAAGCACAACAGGCAUUCAACUGGAAACAACAAACCUUGUCUACAAGUGAAAGAAGGCAAGAAAAACCCAACAAAAUAAGAAUAUGAUAUGAACUGUAAUAAUAUGAACCAUGAUAAUGCUUGUGCUUAAUUUUUUUGUUUUGUAUUUACUGAGUGGGAAUGGUCGUUAUUUCAGUUUCCUAGUAG